AUGCCACCGCCAUCCAUCCCCGCGCAGGGAAAUCUGCACCAGGAAGAGGCCUACGAAGAGCGGAAUGUACAUGAAGUGUACCAGCAGAUUGCUGGGCAUUUCUCAGCAACCCGUUUCAAGCCAUGGCCGAUUGUUGAGCGCUUCCUGAAAGAGCUGCCUCCUGGUUCCAUUGGUCUAGAUGUGGGAUGCGGCAAUGGCAAGUACUUGUCUGUAAAUCAAGAUGUCUUUAUCGUUGCUUCGGAUCGGUCCGAGAAUCUUGCCCGCAUCGCCGUCAAACACCAGCCACAUUCAACUAUCGUGGCAGACAUUUUAAAUCUGCCACACCCAGAUUCUUCCUUCGACUUCGCUAUCUCGAUUGCAGUGGUGCAUCAUCUGUCCACACCGGAACGGAGAGUCAAGGCAAUCUGUGAGAUUCUCCGCACAUUGAAGCCUGCCUCGGGAAACUCCCCUGGAGGAAAGGUCUUGCUGUAUGCUUGGGCCUUGGAACAAAAAACCAGCCGCAGAGGUUGGGAUAAAGGCGAUGAACAGGAUGUCAUGGUGCCUUGGGUCUUAAAGACCAAAUCCGCAAACAGCGACUCUACCGAUGAGCCAAAGACUUUCCAUCGAUACUAUCACCUUUAUGAGGAAAAAGAGCUGGAACGCGACAUCGAAAAUGCGGGUGGCCGUGUUCUUGAAUCGGGCUAUGAAAAGGACAAUUGGUGGGCGAUUGCGACACGGUCAGAUGAAUAA